GACCGCAGCCACAGUCUGAAGUUUGUCAACAAAUCCUAUGGAACCAAAUCGCGCGAGAGUGCGCAACUGAAGCGCAUAGUGGCGACGAGACUAGCGUUGUGGAGUUGUGUUGGAGAAGAAGGAGGAAGGCAGAGAACACAAGUCGAAAAGCGGGAUAAAACCAUUUUAAUCAAGAGAAAGUACCGGUUUUGCCAUGGCAUCGGGGGACACUCUGUACAUAGAGGCGGACGGGUCCGAAAUGCCAUCCGAAAUAGUGGAACUUCACGAAAUCGAAGUGGAGACUAUCGAGACAACAGUUGUCGGAGACGACGAUGAACACCAGCCUAUGAUCGCUCUGCAGCCUCUUGACACGGACGACCACCACUCGAUUCACCAUCACCAUCACCAUCAGGGGGUGAUCCUGGUGCAGACCAGGGAGGAGGUGGUGGGUGAGGAGGACUCUGAACUACACACCGAUGACGGGUACGAGGAUCAGAUCCUGAUCCCCGUCCCGGUGCCCGCGGCGGAGCGGGACUACAUUGAACAGACUCUGGUUACAGUGGCCGGGAAAAGCUCGUCGGUGGGUCGCAACAAAAAGGGGGGAAGUGGCAAGAAAGCGGGAAAGAAGAGCUAUCUGAGCGGCGCGGAGAUGGGCCGCAAGUGGGAGCAGAAGCAAGUCCAGAUAAAGACUUUAGAAGGAGAGUUUUCGGUGACGAUGUGGGCAUCGGAUGACAAGAAGGACAUCGACCAUGAGGAGGAAAUCAUUGGGGAGAACUCGCCGCCGGACUACUCCGAAUACAUGACAGGCAAGAAGCUGCCGCCGGGCGGUAUCCCGGGCAUCGACCUGUCGGACCCGAAGCAGCUGGCCGAGUUCGCAAGAAUGAAGCCAAGAAAAGUAAAAGAAGACGAUUCUCCUCGAACGAUAGCGUGUCCGCACAAAGGAUGCAGUAAGAUGUUCAGGGACAACUCUGCCAUGAGGAAGCACCUGCACACCCAUGGGCCACGGGUGCACGUUUGCGCGGAGUGCGGCAAGGCCUUCGUGGAGAGCUCCAAGCUGAAGAGACACCAGCUGGUUCACACGGGGGAGAAGCCCUUUCAGUGCACGUUUGAGGGCUGUGGAAAGCGGUUCUCCCUGGACUUUAACUUGCGCACACACGUGCGCAUUCACACUGGAGACCGGCCAUACGUCUGUCCCUUCGACGGCUGCAACAAGAAGUUUGCCCAGUCGACGAACCUCAAGUCGCACAUCCUCACACACGCCAAAGCAAAGAACAACCAGUGAGUGGGCGUGGCCCAGCGACCUGCAGCGGGAGGACGGCAAAUCGCUGGCUCCGCUCCUCUGCGGAGGACAAUCGUCGGUGAACUACUUUGUCGCAGGACAUGAAGCCCCCUUUGUAUUCUUUCUAGAAAAGCAAAUGUUUUAAAACUAAAAAGACCUUUCGGAGAAAAAAACGAAACAUUUUUGAUACGAGUACAAGAAACUCUGGAACACUCGCUCCCCGCUUCCUUCCUGGCGUGUUUCGGGGUACGGCAAGGCAACGUUUCUUCAAGCCUAAAGUUUCUUCAAAUGAAGACGAUAAUUCAUGGAUAUGUCCCUUGAGAUUUUAUUUAUAUAUGUUCCCAUCUCCAUCUCAUGAAUCAUUUACACACAAAAAGCCCCGGUAAUGGUCAUCAAUUCAAUUAAAUCCUGGAAUUUGUAUUCAAGUUAAGUGUGCAUAUUGUACACUUUUUCUUUAGCACAAGCUUUGCGAUAACAUCUUUUUUAAAUAGCUCUUGUUGGGAGAUUUGACCUUAUUGUUGCCCUCCAAUCUGGACAGGAGGUCAGAGAUGUUCUUCAUAGGUUUUCUUUUUGUAUGUUUGUCUUGAUGCGUCAGAAUCAUUUAGAUGAUAGCAAUGUUAUUUCAAUAGUGAGGCGUGAUUAAAACAUUGUUUCCCUUGCACUACCAGAUAGAAAAGUGUCACGUCUGUCCUUGCAUACUUUAACCCUUCAGAAACUCUUAACUGUCAUAGAUUGUAACAAUUUAUUUUUCUUGCCAUUUUAACUUCAAUCAUUUGAAUUUUGUCUCUUCUGCAGAGUACAUUUUUUAAGUGGAUCUCAAAGCUGUUACAGUAAAGAUGAGCCUUCUAACUUAUGUGUUUUAUCAUUCUUCAAACUUUUUAAGGGUUUGGUUUCUUUCGCUGCAACUUGAUUGAAUAUAUUCUUAAACCCAAUGCACACACACAGCGCAAUCUGAACCACAAUGAGCACAAUUGUAGUGAGCUGCGUUCGACUUGUAGACGUGAACCCAAACAUGGGUGUGUGCUUUCGGCUUAGGAUUGGUUGGAUGCUUCAGGGUUAACGUUGGCCAAUGAGGGUCAAAUAUUUUAAGAAAAUAGGACAAUUGUUCAGUGGCGGCUGGCGAUCGAACAUGUUGGUGGGUCACAGUAAUAGACGGGGGGUCUGAGGUUCCCCCCCCAAUAUUUCUUUUUGAAUUUAAUAGAUUUGUUUUCCUGUAUUCUGGUGCAUUUUGGGGAUGGCCACUAGUGGCCCACUACCUAUUUACCUACUUUUCAUUCAGAUUCAUAGCCUACAUCCUGACUUGCAGGGCCUGGACAAGCUUACACUGCAUAUACAGACCUACUUCAUGGCCAUUCCACCAGCCAUUGCUAUUUGACCCAUUGUUGUUAUUCUAAUAUUGAGACAAAUCAUGAUCACUGUCCUAUAGUGUCAAUUUUUUGUGAGUCUCAAUGUCUAAUUCAAAUGCAGUUAGAAAUAUGGGACAGUUGCCUCAUUUUGUUUGUAUGCUACAGGCCAAAAGACUAAAUGAAUAUGUAACUUACUUGCUCCUUUUAAGUAUAACAUUGCUUGGGGAGUCCAAUUCCUCCACUGAAAAGGGUGGAAAGUGCUUACAACUCACUGCUAGUUAGCGAUCUAUCUCCUAUGUAGUUGUGGUGCGAAUGCUGCUGAGGGAGGUAGCAUAUUUGAUUGAUUCGCUGAAUUGUCCAAUCAUGUGGUGAUAACAAAAAAGAAGCGAUACAAAUGGCCUGGGGCGCACACUGGUGCGACCCGAGGGCGAAUUUUCUUGCGCCAAUGAAAAGCUGUCUGCUUGAUAGAAAGCAAAAAAUUAGCGAGCUUACAUUGACUU